AUGCGUUACGUAGUUGUAGGAGGUGGUAUUGCCGGUGUUAGUUGCGCUCUUGGCUUAAUUCGAGAAGAUCGCUCCCCAGACUCAAAAGUCGUUCUGAUUUCGGCUUCCAGUCAUGUCAAAAUGGUCACAAACUGGCAUAAAGUGAGUAAGAAGUGUCAAUAAUGAUAGAGUGACCUUAUAUCUUACUUCUUGAUAGGUUGGGCAGUUCACGGAGCAGUUUGAUGUCCAAGAAACAGAAGUCAGCUUAACCGAAGACCCUCGGUUCGAGCUGCUGAACGCCGUUGUCAGCAAGUGGGACUCCAAAAAACAAGUUUGAAAUUUGAACGAAUAAAUGAGGAGAAGAAGAACUGUGACAGGAGCUUGAAACCACAGUUGGCCGAAUAAUCAAGUACGACAAAUUGUGCAUCGCGACGGGAGCUCGGCCCAAAUGUCCUUGGAAGAACGACCGAGUUCUGACGAUCCGAGACAUGGACACGGCUCUGACUCUUCAGGAGAAGCUCGCCGACGCCAAAAACGUCGUCAUUGUCGGAAAUGGCGGCAUCGCCACUGAACUCGUGUGAGUGUAAUUUGAGAUUCGCGCAGGUUCGAGCUAUCGAGUCAAAUGAAACCUUGAUAUUUACUAAAAUUCUUUUUUGAAAUCAGAAUACUACUAGACUUUUUAACUCGUUUUAUUAGUUCAUUUAUUGAUUUUUCCCUCGGAGUUUCGGAUGAGUCAGUCAGAAAGUAUGACUCAAAGCAAGCCUAAAGCGAAAUUCCGCGAAAAAGUCAAUAACCUAAGCAAUAAGUUAAGUAUAAACUUUUAUGAAUCCGUAAGAAAAAAUCUGAAAAAAAUCUUUUUAUAAAAAAAUUAAAUUGCAAAAUGUCUACAGCUACGAGCUCAACAAUGUGAAUGUGACAUGGCUGAUCCGAGAUUCCAGCAUCUCUUCGUCGUUUUUCCCGGCCGAAGCGGAAAACUUCUUGCUUCCCAGGCUCAAAACUGGAAGAACUUCGGGUACUCAGAAUCAUAUUUUUUUUAAAUUUUGGAUUGGAAGGAUCAAAAAACUCGGGAAUCCUCAAAAGGCCGGAAUUCUCGGCAUCUCCGUCCAAAAAUCAGAGCAAAAUUUCCGGAGCAGCUCUGGGUCCAGAUUGGUGUACAGCUAUCCAGUUGAGCAGUUCAGAACAAGUUGAAAGAACCUCGAAAUUUCGAUUUUAUAUAUUUCCUCAACAGAAUUUGGGUCACAACGUAGACGUUGUCAACAACUGCGAAGUCUUCGACGUCAAAUUUAAUGAAGAAGUCUUAAUCUCUUAUGAGAAACGUGGGAAGGUUGAACUGAAGCUUUCAAAUUUUCACUUCAUGGUUAGAAUUUCAGAGUUUCGAGGUAUCCUGCGACGUUUUGAUAUGGGCUACAGGUGUUGAACCAAACUCGGAUCUUUGGAAAAGGGACUGCAAAGAAAGUGAGAAAAGAAAAUCAUCAUUUUAUCUAUCGUUAGCUUUUCAGUUGGAGCUGAGUUCUGAAGGCGGAAUUAUAGUUGACGAUGUGAUGAAAACGAAUUAUCCCCAACGUUUACGCUUGUGGAGACGUGUGCUCUGUGAAAAGUCGAAGAGAAACUUUGGAAACAGGUCUCUUUUUAAAUAAGACGUUCAUGCGAGAAAAUAUUUUCCAGAUGCGACUGUGGACACAAGCCAGGCAAACCGGCGACUUUUGCUCCCACUCUAUGA